AUGACUGCUGCAGCCUCGUUGCCGUCACUAAGUCCGCAAGAGAUUGCAGAGCUCCAACAAACCGAAAUCGAAGCCAUCGAAUCCAUUCUCGACCAAGACUACACGCGUAUAGAGCAGAAGGCCUGGAAAGGAGCGGCGACCUCACAGCUGCAUGAGUUCCAAGUCGUGAUUCGUCCAGACGAAGAGCGUCUCAAACAGCUCGUUUCCGCGUACGUCUCGUUUCGACUCCCCAAGAACUACCCGCUCGUUUCACCGACUAUCAUCGUCAAACUCAACGAUGGCAGACACAAGGGUCUUUCUUCGAGCCACCUCACCAGCCUGAACGAUGAGUUGAAUGGCAAAGCCAAAUCUCUUCUCGGAGCCGAGAUGAUCUGGGAGCUCAUAACCGCCGGUCAAGAUUUCAUCAGCUCAAACAACACUGUGCCAAAAGAAGUCAAAGAUGGCGCACCGUCCCUCAGCUUGGAGGAGGAGAUGCAGAAGCGUGCAAAGGAGCAACAAGAGCUUCAUCUCGCACAGCAGCAGGAAGAGCGUCUGAAGCGACAGCAGGCCGAAACUGUUCGCUCCGAACAGCUGGCUCAGCUCAUUCAGGAGGAAGCAAACAAGAAAGCUGCCCUGCUGAAGCAGGAAAAAGAACGGAAGCGAGAAGGCAGCUAUUUUGCCCAGCAAGGUCCUUUGAGCCCGGUCAAAGGCCUCAACACCCCAUCUGCUCUGGCUAUCUCCGAAGCAGUCCCUGCAGAGGCCGCAGCGACAUCGUCGGACGCAUCGCGCAUCGAGACCUUCCUGGAGCCCAUCGAGCACAAUGGCCGCGUCGUCUCUGUCCUCCGAAUCGGCCCAGUGCUGAGCAACACGGGCCUUGCCACACGCCACCUCGCCGAACCAGCUCACCAACCUCCAACCGAUUCCCGCGCUCCUUCCCACUCAUGGCUCAUCGAACACUAUUUGAUCACGUCGCAACACUAUGCCUACUCGGCUGGCAAACGUAAGCUCGAAGAGGUCGAAUUCGAAUUUGACAAGCUUGUCAAGGUACGCGAGCCCGGAUUGAUCAACGUACUGGCAAGUGCCGUGACUCGCAUCGCUGAGCCUCAGGGAUGGAAGCUCAGCGUCGUCACCGAACGCACUGAUGGCCUUUGUCUACGCGAUCUCCUCGACCAGUGCGACUCGCUGCCUUGGAAGCGCGUUCGCCAAUACCUUUUGGCGUUGCUAAAAACCCUCGACGCUUUGCACACUCGAAACCUCAUCCACCGCAGCAUUGGCACCGAUUCCAUCUUCAUCGAAAGCCGAGCACAAGCUGGCGUCGCUUCUGCAGUCCGAUUGGCAGGUGCCUGCUAUGUUCGCCGCCUGAAAGACAUGCACAAGUCUAACCCGCUCAAUGACGUCGUCGAGCUCGGUGAAGAUCCAGCGCUGGCUGAUGCAUGGAAAGCGCCGGAAUCGAUCGAUCAGCCUCUGUCCUACAGCCGCAAGCGUGACAUUUGGGAUCUCGGCGUUUGUGUAUGCCAGAUGCUCUUUGGCCUGGACUGCGCUGCCGAACAUGACUUGCCCGAACACCUUGUUCGCGGCGACAAGACGCUUGCACCGCAUGUGCAAGCCUUCCUGCUUCUUAUGCUUGAAAGAUCGUCGAAGAAGCGUCCUACCGCUGCCGCUCUCGUAUCGCGUCUCGACGAGCUCAUCCUAUAUGAAGACACGGAGCUGGCGGAGGAAUCGAUCACCAAGAUACCUCAAACAUCGACCACGUCAGCUGCAGCGACAACUUCCAAAUCAGUCAGAGCAACGCCCCGCCCCAGUACGGCCCGGCAGACGAGUGAUAAGGCCAACAAUUACCUUGCCUCCCCAAGCCCCAAGAUCGGCGCCCCCAUCGAAGCGGGCGUGUUGCAGCCUAUUGGUUCGCUCUGGCCCUUCCGCCCGCCUCCAGGUCCAGGAGCAGCUCAUGCCGGAUCCACAUCCCGCUACCUUUCUGAUUUCGAAGAGGUUGAAUUCCUCGGCAAAGGCGCUUUCGGCAGUGUCGUCAAGGCCCGCAAUCGUCUCGACGGCCGCUUCUAUGCCGUAAAGAAGAUCAAGUUGUCCAGCUCACCUGACGAGGAUGAGAGGACCUUGCGCGAAAUCAGUGCACUUAGCCGUCUUGAUCAUCCACACAUCGUGCGUUACUCGACAUGCUGGAUCGAGGAGACCCACAUGCCCAUCGCCGGUCUAGCCGCCAGUGACACGGAUGGAUUCACUUCCAGUCAGACACUCGAGACCAACACAACCACGAGCAAGACACAUGCAUCGGGACCGAGCCUGUCCAUGUCUGCCUUUGGCAAUGGCUUCCAACGUUCGACGCCUUCUGGGAGGCCGAAAGCAGGACGCGACGAGUCCUUCCGCGCGGUUCCUGACUUCGACGAUGAUGGUGACGACGCUUUCGCAUCCGGCGCCAAUUCAUCCAACCUCACAGGAAGCUACAGCGAUAUCCGCUUCGCUGAUGACGACGAAGGCAGCAUCGACCAGCGAAAUGCAGGUAGCUCCUCUCGUGCGAUAGCCGAGUCGUCCUUCAGGGGUGGAUUGCUGGCUCUGCGCACACCAUCGGAUGACAGUGAUGACUCAGAGGCGGAGGAUGACGAUCAAGACUCGGAUGAGUCCAGCUCCGAAGACGACUUUAGCGGCGACGACGACGACGACGAUUUCAGUCGAAUCCCACUAUCGUCGCGUCGAGCCUCUCGUGCUGGUCGAUCGAUGUCGAGGAGCGUUAGUGUAGCACCUCCUGCAGGCAGCGUUCCCGUCCAGCGCGUCCUUUACAUCCAGAUGGAGUUCGUAGAGAACCGCACUCUGCGAGAGGCCAUCGAGAAGGGCUUGACAGAAGACGAAGCGUGGCGGAUUCUGCGUCAAAUGGUCGAGGCGCUCGCUCAUAUCAGCAGUCUCGGAAUCAUUCAUCGCGACCUCAAGCCGUCAAAUGUCCUUAUGUACGCCAAUGGCGACGUCAAGAUCGGCGAUUUUGGUCUAGCUACCAAUGCGCUCCAAAUUGCCGAAGGCAAUGCCGGCAACAUGGGUGGCACGGCAGAGCUGGCUGAGAGCAACGACCUCACUGGUGACCUCGGCACCUUCUUGUACACGGCGCCAGAGCUGCGCGCCAAGGGCGGCAUCAAGUACAACUUCAAAGUGGACAUCUACUCGCUCGGUAUCAUCUUUUUCGAGAUGCUGGCGAGUCAGCGCGUCUACCGUACCGGCAUGGAGCGGAUCCUGCUGAUACGAGAGCUUCGCGACCACAGUAUAGGCUUGCCGGCGGUCUGGCCACACAGCAAGCUGGAGAGCCAGACUGCCCUUAUUCGACAGAUGCUUGACCACGAUCCAGAUCGCAGACCUUCACCACUCGAAAUCCUUAAGAGUGAUCUCCUGCCGCCCAAGAUGGAGGACGAAUAUAUCGAGGAGUGCCUGCGUCUUAUGGCCAACCCGACUAGUGCCUACAAUCACCAACUCAUGGACGCCCUUUUCAGUCGUACCGCCGCAGACCUUGUCCGCGAUUUUACCUUCGACACCGGCGCCGAGACCGAUCGCGAUACAUCUUUGACGACGGUGGUGUGCGAUUUGAUUCGCAACGCUGCGCGUCGACAUGGCGCAGUUGAAUUUACAGCGCCGCUCGUCGUGCCGCCGAACGGCCUGUACACUGCCAACGAGAAGAUCGUGCAGAUGCUCGAUCGAACGGGACGAGUCGUGCAUCUCCCUUAUGAUCUCACGGUACCCUUUGCACGGGUCUUCGCUCGCAGCAGCAAUCAGCGGUUCAAACGGUACGAAAUUAGCAACGUCUACCGAGAGAAUAUCGUCGCAGGUGGCCAGCCUCGCGCUGUAUUGGCUGCUUCCUUUGACAUUGUCUCCCCAGAGAAAUCGGCGGCUGCAGAAGCAGAAGCGCUCGCGCUCGUCGAAGAGGUGCUGGACGAGAUCCCUGGCAUAGCCAGCGAGGAUUGGGUGAUCCAUAUCAACCAUGAGGUUGUUCUGUCGAUGAUCCUGGAGCGUGUCCCUGCAAAGCAUCAUACCGCUGUGUUGGGUGUCGUCGCACUAUUAGCCGGAGCGAAGACUAUUCAGAGCGCGCGAUCGCAGCUGCUGCAACUCGGACUACCGCGAUCUACGAUCGAAGAGCUAGAAGCUUUCAAUCUUGACGACGACGUCCGAGCAGUUCAUCAUCGACUGGAAAGGCUCUUUCCGUUGGAUCAGCGCACCAGACUCGCGAAAGCCGUGUCGCAAAUCUCAGAUGUGGUGGCGACUGCGCGCUUCUUUGGCGUGCAGAGACGAUUCCUCUUCUCACCGCUCUUGGCUCAGUCGAGCAGCCUGUACAAGGGCGGUGUGCUUUUCACGGUGGUGAGAGCUGGAAAGCGCCGCGAUGUAGUGGCGGCCGGCGGCCGCUACGAUGGUCUACUGAAGCAUUUUGCCAAUCCAUCGGCGGCCUCUUCCGCACCUCUUCACGGUGUUGGUGUCCAGCUUGCAGUAGGGAAGCUGACGCUCGGGCUUUCGAAGUACCAGGAAGUUCAGGUGCCCAAGCUGCUUUCACGCGCAGAAGAAGAACGCAGCUUCGGGCUGUAUACGCCGAGACGAUGCGACGUCUACGUCGCUUCGACGCCGGGCCUGCUGGAAACUCGCAUGGAGAUCUGUCGCGAGCUUUGGGCGCACAACAUCGCAGCGGAUCUGCAGUACGAGCAUGCAACCUACGACACACCCGAGGCUGCUGCGGCGACGUGUCGUGCCGAGGGCAUCCUUCUGCUCGUGUUUGCCAAAGCGCGAUCGCCAGUGCUCAAAGUCAAGGUUGUACUACAGCGGGCCGAAUUCGAAGUGGCAAGACACGAACUGGUGGGUUUCGUUCAGGAUCGCAUUGCGAAGCAAAGAAGCGUCGACGUGCAGGUAGCUGGAUCUGCAGGAGGCAACGCGUCGGCCGCGCGCUUUGGCCCAGCUACAUUUGACGCAGCUGCGAUGCGAGCAGCGACAGCAGCCUCGGCAGCGCCAGGAUCUCUGGGCGGAAUGUAUCACCAUCAUCAUCAGCACGGAGGCUUCUCGCGCACGUACAGCGGCAACGAAGUGUUGCCCUCUGCUACGAUCGCAGUGCGCGAACGCGAGAUGCUGCUGCCAGAAAGGCCGAUCGAACGAUCCAAGAAGGGCGACAAGAGUCAACAGAAUCGGCCGAAGCCGUCUUCGCGGCAGCUGGUUUUGGAUAAGGCCUCACGUCAAGUGUCGAAGUUCGCCGACCAGCUGCAGUCGGGCAAUGUGCCUAUUUUGGCGGUGGAUUUCACAGGGGCCAACUUUGACCGUCUCGCCGCUGCACUGACCGCGUGUCUGGGCAGUCAUGGCGAACGAGGCUAUGGCGGUGGCGGAGAAGCUGGCGGCGGCACGGACCUCUCGGAAGACGAAGGCGCGUACAUGUUCCGCGCGUUCCUCGAGACGCUGUCUGCGGACGAGAGGGAGUAUGCAAGACUGAUCAAGGGAAGAGCCAUAGCGUUCGCUUUCCCUGACGCGAGCAACUCUGCGAUCAACACGGUCGGAUGCGGAAGGGUGUUCUUGUACUCUUUGAGAGAGGAUCGUACCGCCCUCAUUGGGUGUGGACGAUGA